AUGGCUCCCAAAUACACACUUGCAGUGUUGCUACUUGCAUUGGUGUUUGCAGCAGUCUCCAUUGCUGAUGAAUACCCUAAACCUAUUCACGACAAGCCUCCAUUCCAAAAGCCACCCUAUGAGAAGCCUCCAUACCAUAAGCCACCAUUCGAGAAACCACCACACGACAAGCCACCCUAUGAGAAGCCACCACAUGAGAAGCCACCAUAUGAAAAACCACCACACGAGAAGCCACCAUAUGGAAAGCCACCCCAUCAGGAGGAGCAAGUAGAGAAGGUUGAGGUUAAUGGCUACUACAAGCCACCACAACACCAUGAGCCUCGUCCUUACAAGCCACCGUAUGGAGGUGGUGGACACGGCGGUCACCACCCUCCGGCGGAGAAUGAGGAGACUGACGGUUACUACAAACCACAUCCACACCCACCUCAUCACGGCCACUGGCCUCCAACUGCCAACUAA